AAAGAGAAGAGAUAACAUUGCUAAGAAGAUUACAGAGAUCAGUUUUUGAGCAUUCUCUUCUCAUCUCUCCAAAAGCUCUCUCUCUCUCUGUCUCUCUGUGUGCUUGUGUGCAGCCAUGGCAAACUCAAUUAUGGCAUCCUCCAAACCCCUCAUCUUCCUCUCCUCCUCCUCAACUCAACCAAACCGCAUCAUCAACCUCCCCAAACUCGCUAAACUCCCCCAGAUCCCCAAACCCAUCUCCUCCUCCUCCUCACUCAGCACAAAGGCUCUCUCUUUCUCCUCCGCAACCGUAAAGUCUCUAGCUUUAAUCGCCGCCUUGGCUCCCCCAUCCAUGGCCGAAGCGAUGGAGAAGGCGCAGCUCUUCGACUUCAACUUAACGCUACCAAUCAUCGUCGUGGAGUUUCUCUUCCUCAUGUUCGCGCUUGACAAGGUUUACUACUCUCCCCUGGGGAACUUUAUGGACAAGAGAGACAGUGAGAUUAAAGAGAAGCUUGCGAGCGUUAAGGAUACUUCCACGGAGGUGAAGGCGCUUGAUGAACAAGCUGCUGCUGUGAUGAGGGCGGCUAGGGCUGAGAUUGCUGCUGCUCUUAAUAAGAUGAAGAAGGAGACGCAGGUGGAGGUUGAGGAGCAGUUAGCUGAAGGAAGGAAGAAGGUGGAGGCGGAGCUGCAGGAAGCGUUGGCGAGCUUGGAGAAGCAGAAGGAGGAAACUAUUAAGGCUCUUGAUUCUCAGAUUGCUGCUCUUAGUGAAGACAUUGUCAAGAAGGUUCUUCCUUCUUAAAACGAACUCUUUGUGUGUUCUGUCUUUUCUCAAAACUCUAUUUUUAUGAAAUUAUUACUGUAAAUCUCUCUUCUCUCUAUGUCUCUGUUGGAUUGUUCGUUGAAUCAACAACAGUUUUAUAUGUAAGUUUUCAUAUAUGAUUAG